AAAAGAUCCGACUCUUUGCGAAUCGGACGUAGAGUCAACAUGGCAGAUGAAGCCACUAGGAAGGCAGUUUCUGAAAUACCGCUUUUAAAAACUAAUUCAGGACCGAGAGAUAAAGAACUAUGGGUUCAGAGACUUCGAGAAGAAUAUUUAGCUCUUAUUAAGUAUGUUGAAAAUAACAAAGCAGCCGACAAUGAUUGGUUCCGUCUGGAGUCCAACAAAGAGGGCACAAGGUGGUUUGGAAAAUGCUGGUAUAUUCACGAGCUUCUCAAAUAUGAAUUUGACAUGGAAUUCGACAUUCCAGUGACAUAUCCUGCCACAGCACCUGAAGUGGCCAUUCCUGAGUUAGAUGGGAAGACAGCGAAGAUGUACAGAGGUGGAAAAAUCUGUCUGACGGAUCACUUCAAGCCACUGUGGGCAAGGAAUGUCCCAAAGUUUGGUCUGGCUCAUCUUAUGGCUUUGGGACUUGGACCGUGGCUUGCAGUUGAGAUUCCAGACCUCAUCGCAAAAGGCAUAAUUCAGCAUAAAGAGCAACAAAACAGCUGAAAACAGUGGCAGCCUUUGCGUUUCACCAUGUCUUACUGACGCUAACACAGCUGACCAUCACAACGACGCCGGCCUGUUUUCCCUAUGUUCUGAAUUUUUUGUUUGCAACCUCACAGAAACCGUGUACUUCCCUUUCAUUCUUGUACAUAGAUCUGUUUUUUAUCACAGUAUUGGCAAGGUUUAUAAUACCUGUCUUAUGGAACAUGUACGUUUCUUCAUCAGUAAACCUGGGCGCAUAAACGUCGCUCUGUAUAAUGGUAUGGAUUAGGUAAACCUAGAAGUAGAAACUAUGCUAAAUUAUAAUCUUUUUCUCAGCUGGAAUAUUUCUUUGGUAACAGCGUUACAAAAAUGGUAAAAUAUGUUACCGUAUGUUUAUAAUUUGUAAAUUAAUUCAAUCGAAGGCGUCGUUUAAAUCUUAAGUGACAAAGUUUCUUGGCCUUAUUGCAGUUGUCCCAGAGUGGUAAUUAAGGAAGGACUUGGUGAUUUCCUUUUAUUAAAAAUUGUGGUUAUUUUUAAGGAAUUUAAAAGUGUAUACAUUAAAAUAUAUUUGCACAGUCAAA